AUGUUUUUCAUUUUACUCCUCACAACCGCUCUCGCCAUUGCCCUGGUUUAUCAGUGGAGGGCUCGACAAAGUCUUCCGAAAGGUUAGUCCCUUUUUUGAGGAAUCGAUAAUAUUCGCAACGUUACCAGGACCGGUUCCCCUUCCAAUCAUCGGAAACCUCCAUCAACUCUCCUACUACACAUGGAAGCUUGGAGGCGUUGUUCCGGCCUAUCAUCAGUUUGAAGAGCAGUUCGGAAAAGUGUUCGCCCUUUGGAUCGGUCCCCUUCCGACCGUAUACAUUUCGGACUAUGACGUCGCCUACGAGACUCACGUCAAGCGGGCGAACGUGUUCGGAGCACGAUUCGCAGUCGGAGCACUCAAUUAUAUCCGAGAGGGACGAGGGAUCAUCGCGUCGAACGGCGAGUUCUGGCAGGAGCACCGACGAUUCGCACUGCAAACGCUCAGAAACUUUGGGCUCGGCAGAAAUCUGAUGGAGGAGAAGAUAAUGGAAGAGUACAAGUACAGGUUCUCCGACUUCUCGCAGUCCAACAACAACAAGGGACCGAUCGAAGUGAGCUCUUCGAUGUUCUUCGACCUGCUCAUCGGAAGCAUCAUCAAUCAGCUGCUGAUCAGCGAACGCUUCGAGCAGAACGAUCCGGAAUUCGAAAAACUGAAAGAGAGCCUGGCGGUGGGACUCGAAAAGUUUGGGGUUCUGGACACAUUUCUGCCGGAUUGGGUGAUGAAUGCCUGGUGGAUGAGGUGGCGGAUGGACGAUAUUCUCGAGCCGUUUCGAUGGAUUCACCAACUCUCGCAGCGGAACAUUCAGAAAAGAUUGGCUCAAAUUGCGAGCGGAGAGCAUGUGAUCGACGGAGACGGCAAUGAUUUCAUGGACGCCUAUCUGAACAAGAUUGAGAAGGAUUCACGCGAAGGGACAAAGUCGACUUUCAAGUGGGAUUACUCUCAUGUUGAAUUCAAAGUUGUAUUUUCAGCAUUGAAAAUCUGGCGAUAGACCUGUACGACCUGUGGAUCGCCGGCCAGGAGACCACCUCGACGACCCUUUCCUGGGCGUGCGCCUGUCUUCUCAACCAUCCAGAAGUCGUCGCGAAGGUCAGAGAGGAACUUGUUCAUCUGACCGGAGGCCACAGAUCAGUUUCAUUAACCGAUAAAACCAAGACCCCCUACCUGAAUGCUACUGUCAAUGUAACAAUGAGUUGGUUAGUAAUUGAGAUUGACAUGCGGUCUUCAGGAAGUCCAAAGAAUCGCCUCUAUCCUAAACGUCAACAUCUUCCGUCAAGUGACCGAGAACACGGAAGUCGACGGGCAGCCGAUAUCCGCUGGGACCGCAAUCACCACCCACUUGGCUCUCAUUCAUACCGACGAGAAGUUGUUCGAGAAUCACACUGAAUUCCGGCCGCAACGAUUCCUGGAGAAUGAGGGUCUUGACAAGAAGUUGAUUCCGUUCGGCAUCGGAAAACGGUCCUGUCUUGGAGAGUCUCUCGCGAGAGCAGAGCUAUACUUGGUACACCUUGAUCCUUUUGAACACACCACCAAAUGGAUGUUACAGAUUCUGGCCAACAUGAUCCUGGAGUACGAUCUCGAGGCCGUCGGGGAAAUGCCUUCGAUCAAGACGACGUCGCCGUGCGGUCUCAUGAAACGACCGCCCGUCUACAGCCUCCGAUUUGUUCCCGUUCAUCACUCGUGAGACACAAGAACUUCCUCUUUUUGUCUGUGAUGUAUGGUUAAGAUUGUCAUGCGCAUAAAACUCAGUUUACUCAAAAAAUCUGAAAUUCUCAACUGUUAAGGAUAUACAAAGAUUCUCAAAGUCUCUCCGUUUUGACCUACCAAACGUGCCUCUCUCUCUCUCUCUUUCUCUGCGUCUCUCGGAGGGGCCUCACUCGCUCAUUUUCAGGUAUCACUCAAGGAUAUGUCGCUGUGUAUCGAUUCGAAUGGAUGGCCGGCGCAACGACGAGAAGAUCGGAGACUCGGCGGAAGCCAAGUCAGGUACAUAG